AUCUUUGGAACGGAAGAGUCGGUUUCCCCAGCAACCUGCACCGUUUGUCCAGCUGAAACUUCCUGCUAAUGUUAGCCCAACAACCCAAACUACACCUCGGACUGACUGUAGAGGGGUCUGUGGAGAAUCCUCCUCAGCCUCGGGAUCACUGAGAGUCAAACUCCUCCUGAUAGAAGAUGCUUGAAAAGCUGAGUUUGACUUGUGAUCGGCUCCUGUCCCACCUGCAGCUGGCCUGCUGUCUCUCUCACUGUGGAGUUCCUCUGCAGGGCAAAGACCUCCUGGUCUACAGCAACACAGACACAGAGGAGGAGCCCCUGCUGCUAACUGGCCAUCACGCUGAGAUAAGUGCCAUGACUUUUGGAAACAGAGGCAGACCUGUCCUCCUCUGCUCUGCGUCUGCUGAUUAUGUCAUCGUCUGGGAUAUUGAAGUGUGUAGGAGGAGAACACAGGAGGGUAAAGUUGCAGCUGGAAAAGUUAUCGGGUCUUUACUGGGGGACGUCGUCUACCUUUCAUUCUGUGUCUCUGAUGAGCGAGUGGCUGCAUGUUCAGGAGCAGCCGUAUAUAUUCUCUCCUCAAAGAAACAUGAAGUGAUCUCUACCUUGAGCAGCCACCUCGCCCCUGUGACGUCCGCAGAGUUCUGUCCCUGGAGUCCAGACAUCUUGGUCACCAUAUCAGAGGAUCGCACUUUCAAGGUUUGGGACCUGAAAACUGAGGCUGUUUGCUUCCAGUCUUUCGUGCUUUCAGCCUCUCCACUGCUCAGUGUGUUCUUCUUGGAGGAGAACAGACACCUCAUCACUGGCUCAACUGAUGGGCAGCUGUGGUGCUUUUCUCUCUCUGAUGUCACCAAAUGUCACAUGGUGACCAAAAUGGAUCUUCAGAAGAUGGAGAAAAGACAUCAGAUGCUCCAAAGAAAUGUGAGCCAUGAUGAAUCAGCAGUUACAGAACAAUCAGCUGUUGAUAAUGUGGAGACUUCAAAACCUGUGCUGAAAAUUGCUUCAUGUAGCUCAAACAUGGACACAAGUAACGACCAUAAAAGAGACAACAGCCGGCUCUGUGUUGGAAGCACUGAUGGCCUGUAUGUGGUGGAUCUAGCUACCUCAGAACUUCUAACAGCAAUAUAUUUCAAAGAAUACACCAAUCUAAGCAUCACCAUGGCAGGGUCGUGGUUCAUCCCUCCAGGACAGGAUGACUCUAUGUUGUUGUUGGCGAGCUCUUUGUUUACUCAAUGCGUGGUUCUGUUGGAGGUAUGCCUGUGUGACUUCAGAGAGAUCUGGGCAUGUGGAGAAGGCUUUUCAGUGUUCCCAAGUUCUCCUGCACUGCCUGAGUCUCCUCUGAACGCUGAGUUCAAGAAGAAGGAGAUCCACCAGCCUGAGAAGAAAGGAGGAAUAAAGGAGCAGCCCCUGGUUUUUCACUCAAGAGUGAAAUCAUCUGGAUACACCAAUGCCCCAAGAAGGACUAUGUUUUCACCCAAAACAAACGUUCAGAAGAAUUCAUUCUCCAAAAAGACUCACACAAAGACCGGUUUACUUCUCAGAGAUUAUCCAGGAGACGAUGCAGCACCUACGAUACCACACAUCCAUCAAAGCACAGGCAACAGACCGGUCUACUGCCUUCAGUACUCAGGUGAUGGAAAACAGAUCCUGUGUGGUCUUGGCGACAGCUCAGUGUUAUUGUACAAGUCCUCCCUCACUGGCAAUCCAACCGUCUACACAGGACAUGACAAGCCGGUGAGCAGUGUGAGCUGGAGCCUCAACAGGCAGCGGUGGUUGAGUGCAUCAGAAGACCAGACACUACGGAUCUGGACGCAUGGUGGUCCAGAACCUGCUAUUAUCAUGGGUGACAAUACGUUCUCCAAACCCAUCAGAGGGGCUCAGUUUUAUUACCUUGAUAAAUUCCUCCUGGUGGGAUCCGGACCAUCUCUAAACCUGUACCUGUAUAAUGUGGACAUCACGAGGGACGACAUUAAAAGAUACAAACAGCGGAGCGUUGUCAGACUGGUAAGAAGCUUUAUGACAACAUCAGCCACAGACAUCACGGCCUGGUCUGCCAUCAAUGAUUUCUUCUCUCACAUCGUUCUGGUGUGUGGUUCGGAUCGGUCCAUUCAAGUAUUCGACAUGAACAAAGGUACCGUCGCCUCAGAGCUGCCUGAUGCCCACAGCAGAGCGGUCCACUGCAUUACACAGAACAAGGGCUCCAUGUUCAGCACACAAGCACCGGAUUCAUACAACCUCUUCCUCACCAACGCAGUCACAGAUGGUAUGAAGAUCUGGGACCUCCGGACACUGAGGUGUGUUCGCCGCUAUGAGAACCAUCUUAAUCGCUGCCAUCCAUGCUCAUCAGCCAUCUCUCCAUGUGGAAGCUUCAUUGCAACAGGCUCUGAGGAUAACUGUGCUUAUGUGUACGACAUCCGCAGCAGCAGCUACCUCCCACAAGCUUUCAGAGACACUCGGACACAGUGCUCAGUGUGACUUUCAACCCUUCCACGCCAGAGCUGCUGACUGGGACCCUGAAUGGAAAUCUGCAUCUGUUCCAGUCCAGCAGUGGGGCCAGUCUGCCACAUAACACCAGAGCUCCUGUAUAGAGCAUCCCCAUCACGAGUAAUCGCACCAUGCAGGAUUCAUUGAAGCAGCUCCCACCCCAUGGCCAGUUUUAAGUGAGAAAAGGUUUUGUUUUGAGUCUCUGAUUGAAGGAUCAGAAAUGGAUAGAAGUUUAUGAGAGUUUGUUUUUCUUGUUUUAUGUGCUUAUUGUGUUCUUCUGUGUUUCUAAAUGUCAGGAGGAGCCUCCCCUCUGAGCUCACUCUUCUCUGUUAAACUUUCAGUAUGUACAUCAUUAAAGCGUCCUGCUUUUGACCAGGAUUCAAAGAGA